CCGCGACACGGCGACACGACACGGCGACCCGCCAGGCCCGGCCCGGGACUCGGACUCCUCCGAUCAGAGCCAGGGUGCGGCUGACAGCCGGUCGCAGUUCCUUAUUGGGGUUGCCUAAGAUUUCUCGACUCUUCUUAAGAUAGAAGUUUAACAUGCAUUUAAAACUUGGAUUCAAUUCGAAAAUCAUCAGAUGAAUGAUGGUUCUGGGCCUCUUCCUCACGAUCCAGCAAUCGGUCCAUUUCAAUUGUAAAAUACUGAAGGUAUGAAAGAGAACACUCGAUUGCUACUAAGAUGAAUCUGAAUAAUACAGUAUAUUUUGUGCCAUUUACAAAAAGGUACUGAAAAUUGACAGAAACAAAAUUGUCCAUGAAAAAGAAAGCCAGCUGUGAUAGUGAAGGCAAAAUUCUUGCAGCUGGCCAUCAUGCCUAAAGGCGUCCCAAAGGACCCAGAGAUUUCUAAUCUAUUUUACAAGGAUGAUCCUGAAGAAAUUUUCAUUGGUUUGCACGAAAUUGGACAUGGAAGUUUUGGAGCGGUUUACUUUGCCACCAAUGCUCACACCAAUGAAGUGGUGGCAGUUAAGAAGAUGUCAUACAGUGGAAAACAGGCCCAUGAGAAAUGGCAAGAUAUUCUUAAGGAAGUCAAAUUUUUGCGAAAGUUGAAACACCCCAAUACCAUCGAGUACAAAGGCUGUUACUUGAAAGAACACACUGCUUGGUUGGUGAUGGAAUAUUGUUUAGGCUCGGCCUCUGAUUUAUUAGAAGUUCAUAAGAAACCGCUGCAGGAAGUGGAGAUAGCGGCCAUCACCCAUGGUGCCUUACAGGGCCUAGCCUACCUGCACUCUCAUGCAUUGAUUCACAGGGAUAUUAAAGCAGGAAACAUUCUCCUCACAGAGCCAGGUCAGGUGAAACUAGCCGAUUUUGGAUCAGCCUCCAUGGCUUCUCCUGCCAACUCAUUCGUGGGUACUCCAUACUGGAUGGCUCCGGAAGUGAUCUUAGCUAUGGACGAAGGACAGUACGAUGGCAAAGUUGACAUUUGGUCGCUUGGGAUCACCUGCAUCGAACUGGCGGAACGCAAGCCCCCUCUUUUCAACAUGAAUGCCAUGAGUGCCUUAUAUCACAUUGCCCAAAAUGACUCCCCAGUAUUGCAGUCCAACGAAUGGACAGAUUCUUUUCGGAGGUUCGUUGAUUACUGCUUGCAGAAAAUACCUCAAGAAAGACCAACCUCAGCAGAACUUUUACGGCAUGACUUUGUGCGACGAGAUCGGCCCCUCCGUGUCCUCAUAGACCUCAUACAGAGGACAAAAGAUGCCGUUCGUGAGUUGGACAAUCUACAGUACCGAAAAAUGAAAAAAAUCCUGUUCCAGGAGAAAAGGAACGGACCCCAGAACGAGUCACAGGAGGAUGAAGAAGAUGGUGAACAUGGAACAAACUUGAGCAGGGAGAUGGACAGCCUGGGGAGCAACCACUCCAUCCCCAGCGUGUCCGUGAGCACCGGCAGCCAGAGCAGUAGUGUCAACAGCAUGCAAGAGGUCCUGGAUGAGAGCAGCUCGGAACUUGCCAUGAUGUGCGGCGAUGGCAGUCCGGCCAACUCUGCCUCCUCGGUGAUACACAGGAAGGAUCAUGUAUUCGUAAGGGAUGAGGCGGGCCACGGCGAACCCAGGCCUGAGCCGCGGCCUACCCAGUCUGUCCAGAGCCAGGCCCUCCACUACCGGAACCGAGAGCGCUUUGCCACAAUCAAAUCAGCAUCUUUGGUCACCCGGCAGAUCCACGAGCAUGAGCAGGAGAACGAGUUGCGGGAACAGAUGUCAGGUUAUAAGCGGAUGCGGCGCCAGCACCAGAAGCAGCUGAUCGCCCUGGAGAACAAGCUGAAGGCCGAGAUGGACGAGCACCGCCUCAAGCUGCAGAAGGAGGUGGAGACGCACGCCAACAACUCGUCCAUCGAGCUGGAGAAGCUGGCCAAGAAGCAAGUGGCUAUCAUAGAGAAGGAGGCAAAAGUAGCUGCAGCAGAUGAGAAGAAGUUCCAGCAACAGAUCUUGGCCCAGCAGAAGAAAGAUUUGACAACUUUCUUAGAAAGUCAGAAGAAGCAGUAUAAGAUUUGUAAGGAAAAAAUAAAAGAGGAGAUGAAUGAGGACCACAGCACCCCGAAGAAGGAGAAGCAGGAGCGGAUAUCCAAGCAUAAGGAGAACUUGCAGCACUCGCAGGCCGAGGAGGAAGCCCACCUCCUCACGCAGCAGAGACUGUACUACGACAAAAACUGUCGUUUCUUCAAGAGAAAGAUAAUGAUCAAGCGGCAUGAGGUGGAGCAGCAGAAUAUUCGGGAGGAACUCAAUAAGAAGAGGACGCAGAAGGAGAUGGAGCACGCCAUGCUGAUCCGCCACGAUGAGUCGACUCGGGAGCUGGAGUAUAGACAGCUGCACAUGCUACAGAAGCUGCGCAUGGACCUGAUCCGCCUACAGCACCAGACUGAGCUGGAGAACCAGCUGGAGUACAAUAAGAGGCGAGAAAGGGAACUGCACAGGAAGCACGUCAUGGAGCUGCGGCAACAGCCCAAAAACUUAAAGGGCAUGGAAAUGCAAAUAAAAAAACAGUUUCAGGACACUUGCAAAGUACAGACCAAACAGUAUAAAGCACUCAAGAACCACCAGUUGGAAGUUACUCCGAAGAAUGAGCACAAAACAAUCUUAAAGACACUGAAAGACGAGCAGACGCGAAAACUUGCCAUUCUGGCAGAGCAGUAUGAACAGAGUAUAAAUGAAAUGAUGGCCUCACAAGCGUUACGGCUAGACGAGGCUCAAGAAGCAGAAUGCCAGGCGCUGAGGCUCCAGCUCCAGCAGGAAAUGGAGCUGCUCAACGCCUACCAGAGCAAAAUCAAGAUGCAAACCGAGGCACAACACGAGCGUGAGCUCCAGAAGCUAGAGCAGAGGGUUCUGCGCAGAGCACACCUUGAGCAGAAGAUUGAAGAGGAGCUGGCUGCCCUUCAGAAGGAACGCAGCGAGAGAAUAAAGUUCCUGUUGGAAAGGCAAGAGCGAGAGAUUGAGACUUUUGACAUGGAAAGCCUCAGAAUGGGAUUUGGGAAUUUGGUUACAUUAGAUUUUCCUAAGGAGGACUAUAGAUGAGAUUAAUUUUUUUUUGCCAUUUACAAAAAAAAGAGAGAAAAAAAAACAAAAAAAAAAAGAAAAGAAAAAGAACAAAAAAAAGGAAAGAAAACAUAAAACAAUUCCGACCUUGCAAAACUACAUUCCCCAUUUUGACGGGCGUUGCUCUCUCACUCUCUCUCUUUCUCUCUCUCUCUUUCUCUCUCUCUCUCUUACUCUUACUGACAUCGCGUCGGACUAGUGCCUGUUUAUUCUUACUCCAUCAGGGGCCCCUUCCUCCCCCAUGUCAAUUCCAGUGCUGGCCAAAGCUGGCUCUGUUUUCUAUUCAUAGUACACAUCACAGUAUUAACGUGAUUCAAAAAAAAUGUUUCAGUGAGAACCUUGGAGAUCAUUUUAACAGAACCAAUAAAAAACCAAUAUGGAACAACAACAACAACAACAACAACAAAAGUGGAUGUAUAUUGCUUUAAGCAAUAACUCAUUACCACUGAUCUGUGAAAGUAGAGCAAAAAAAUCAAUAAUAAAUAAAUAAAUAAAUGCCAAGGGGGAGAGAGACAAUAUCCGCAGCCUUACACCUUAACUAGCUGCUGCAUUCUCUUAUUUUAUUUUUAUUUUUUUGGUAAUUUAUUCAUCAGGAAUUAAAAAAAACAAAGUUUUAUUAAAGAUUGAAAAAUUUGAUACAUUUUACAGAAAACUAAUUGUGAUGUACAUAUCCGUGGUGACAUAUUAUUACU